GGAGGAGGAGGAGGGGCUUCAGCCAAAAGUCAGUGAACAUUUACGCGUCGCCGUACUGCUACGCUAGAUAAACUUUCACUAUGUUGUUGUUGUGAGACGGCGAGGUGCAGCAGAAACGGUGAACUUUUGCUUGGUGGAAGUCUGUGGUUAAGUAAGAAAAAACUUAACCACCAAACGGAGGAUUUGUGCAGCUGUUUACGCACUCACGGAGAAGAAAGCGCCCUGUGACUUCCUGGUUCACCGCCACAGGCAGGAUGUCGGUGACUCCACGCCGUGUGCGCCUGAAGCCGUGGCUCGUGGCGCAGGUGGAUAGUGGGCGCUACCCGGGGCUGGUGUGGAUUGACCGUGAUGCCAUGCGCUUUAAGAUCCCGUGGAAACACGCCACCCGCCACACACCGCAGCACGAGGACGAAGACACCAUAUUCAAGGCGUGGGCUGUGGAGACAGGGAAGUUCCAGGAGGGAGUCGAUGAACCAGAUCCGGCCAAGUGGAAGGCCCAACUGAGAUGUGCGCUCAAUAAAAGCAGAGAAUUUAACCUGAUCUACGACGGCACCAAAGAAGUUCCAAUGAACCCCCUGAAGAUUUAUGAUGUGUGUGAUAUUCCACAACCCAUGAGUAACCAAGCUCUUUCUGAUGCUGGUUCAUGGACUCCUGGAGAUGAUGAUGGUGGAGACGAAGAUAUUCCCAACACACCAGAAUCCCUUCCUCCAUAUCCAUCCAAUGGCACGAGCCCAUCUCCUCUGAUCCUGUGGUCUCCCUGCUCAGAAGCCUCCAUGCAGCCCCCCAGCUGCCCUCCUUCAAAUGAGGUAUGGCCCAAAGAGGAGCCCAACAAAGUGUGGCCUAAAGAGGAGCCAGUGGAUGUGGAAAUGCAGCCUCCCCCAAUGGCUGUCAUGGCUCCCACUGCUCUGCCUGAAACAAUAAUGCAACCCCCACCUCUGUCUGAUGCCCUGUUUGCCACUCCAGAGACGUGGAUCAGUUCUCUCCCAAUGACAGACCUGGAGGUGCAGUUCCUGUACAGAGGCAAAGAGAUGUGUCCUACACUAACAGUCAGUAACCCUCAGGGCUGCAGGCUGUUUUAUGGAGACCUGGGUCCGAUGGUGAAUCAGGAGGAGCUCUUUGGACCCGUGAGUUUGGAGCAGCUGCGCUUCCCUACCACUGAGCACAUCACUAAUGAAAAACAGCGCAUCUUUACCAACCGCCUGCUGGACGUGAUGGACCGUGGCCUCAUCCUGGAGGUCAACGGACAUGACAUCUACGCCGUGCGCCUCUGUCAGUGCAAAGUGUACUGGUCUGGUCCCUGUGCUCCCAAUCCAGCUGCCCCUAAUCUCAUUGAGAGACAGAGGAAGGUCAAGCUGUUCUGCCUCGAGUCUUUUCUCAGCGGUGUAAUUGCUCAUCAGCGUGGCCAGACUCCAAACCCACCCAAUUUUGAUAUCAGUCUGUGCUUUGGAGAGGAGUGGCCCGACGGCCGCCCCAGAGAGAGGAAACUGAUCAUGGUCCAGGUUAUUCCGGUUGUGGCGCGUAUGAUCAGUGAGAUGUUUUCUGGAGACAACACUCGCUCCUUUGACAGUGGCAGUGUUCGUCUGCAGAUUUCGAUUCCUGACAUCAAAGACAACAUCGUGACUCACCUGAAGCAGCUGUACUGUCUGCUGCAGACCCAUCAGGGCCAGGAGGGGUGGACCAUGCCCCCUGGUCCCGGUUUGAACAUUGUUCAAGCUCUGCAGUCACAGUGAAACACUACAUAUUAUGGACUAUUGACUCUUGACUACCCUUGCUCAUUAGUACUUAUGUGUAUUAUCUUGUAUUUAUGUUCAUCGAUCGUUUUGUAUUACUAUACGCGGUAGUUUCCAUUAUAUGUGAAGGAGACACAUCUGUAGACUGCAUAGGCCAAAGUCCUGUUCUCCGUAAGGGAACAUUUUACAAAUGAGUUACAGAAAUGGUCAGGGCAUUAUUUACCCUCAGUACCAUAACUGCCGUGUUUUGUGUCCAUCGCCCAGAGUUCUGUCAAUACUGCUUCUUUAAACUUCUCCGGGUGCCAUUCAGCUUUAAAUUUUUUUUGUUUUAUUUUUGGUCAAUAUAAAAACCUUAUAAAAUGUUCAGUUUGUCAAAUGUAUCACCACACAUGUUAAUGGGUAUUCUCUUUUUUUCUUGUGUAGCUUUAUUUAAUUGCAAUGUAUGAAACAUUACAGUAAUCAGCUUUAUUUGUUUUGAGAUGGAGGCCAAUGCAGUUGGAGUGCUGAAGUACAUUUUAUAGUUGGUGCGUGUGUACUUAAACAUUAUUGUAUUUUUAGCAAUCACAAUGACAAAUCUUGUAAUACUUUUGAAUAUUAAAUCGUGUCUUCUUUAAACACAG